GAAAAAGAGAAGAAAGGAGGGGGGACCAUCCUUCCCACUGCCUCCGCCAGCAUCACCACCACCACCAUUGACGCGGCUCCCAGUCUCCAGUUGCGCCCAUGCCGGUGCCGCCAGUUUCGGUUUAGGGGCUGAACUGCAGGGGCUGAAGAAAAUGGGGCAGAGCGCGCCCCGGACCCUCCUGCUGCUGCUGGCGGGGCUGCUGGGGGACGCUCUGGCGGGGUUCCCCAACACCAUCAGCAUAGGUGGACUUUUCAUGAGGAACACUGUUCAGGAGCACAGUGCAUUUCGAUUUGCAGUGCAGUUAUACAACACAAACCAAAAUACCACAGAAAAGCCCUUCCAUUUGAACUAUCACGUAGAUCACUUGGAUUCUUCCAACAGUUUUUCAGUGACAAAUGCUUUCUGUUCACAGUUUUCGAGAGGAGUUUAUGCCAUCUUUGGGUUCUAUGACCAGAUGUCGAUGAACACACUGACAUCAUUUUGUGGAGCCCUUCACACAUCCUUCGUCACACCCAGCUUCCCAACAGAUGCCGAUGUGCAGUUUGUCAUCCAGAUGCGGCCAGCAUUAAAAGGAGCCAUCUUGAGUCUCUUGACUUAUUAUAAGUGGGAAAAGUUUGUGUACCUCUAUGACACAGAACGAGGAUUCUCUAUUCUUCAGGCAAUUAUGGAAGCGGCAGUACAGAACAACUGGCAAGUGACAGCCAGAUCCGUAGGAAGCAUAAAGGAUGUUCAAGAGUUCAGAAGAAUUAUAGAGGAGAUGGACAGGCGGCAAGAAAAAAGAUAUUUAAUUGACUGUGAAGUAGACAGAAUCAACACCAUUUUGGAACAGGUUGUAAUCCUUGGCAAACAUUCUAGAGGCUAUCACUAUAUGUUAGCUAACCUGGGCUAUACAGACAUUGUUCUGGAGAGAGUAAUGCAUGGAGGUGCCAACGUUACUGGAUUCCAGAUUGUCAAUAAUGAAAACCCAAUGGUUCAACAGUUUCUACAACGCUGGGUGAGGCUUGAUGAAAGGGAAUUCCCAGAAGCCAAAAACUCACCAUUGAAGUAUACAUCUGCACUGACCCAUGAUGCAGUCCUAGUCAUAGCAGAGGCUUUCCGUUACCUCCGAAGACAGCGUGUGGAUGUCUCCAGGAGAGGUAGUGCUGGAGACUGCCUGGCUAAUCCUGCAGUACCGUGGAGCCAAGGAAUUGAUAUAGAAAGGGCGCUGAAAAUGGUGCAAGUCCAAGGAAUGACAGGGAACAUCCAGUUUGACACCUAUGGGAGGAGAACAAAUUACACAAUUGAUGUGUAUGAAAUGAAAGCCGCUGGAUCGCGGAAGGCUGGUUAUUGGAAUGAAUAUGAAAGAUUUGUGCCAGCAUUAGAUCUGUUGCCCUCUAAUGACACUUCAUCUGUGGAGAACAGAACUAUAGUAGUCACUACCAUCUUGGAAUCACCAUAUGUAAUGUAUAAGAAAAACCAUGAACAACUAGAAGGGAAUGAAAGAUAUGAAGGAUAUUGUGUAGACUUAGCUUCUGAAAUAGCAAAACAUGUUGGAAUAAAAUACAAACUGUCAAUUGUUGGAGAUGGGAAAUAUGGAGCUAGGGACCCUGAGACUAAGAUAUGGAAUGGCAUGGUGGGUGAACUGGUCUAUGGGAGAGCAGAUAUAGCUGUUGCCCCCCUCACCAUAACAUUGGUGCGAGAAGAAGUCAUAGACUUUUCUAAACCCUUUAUGAGCCUGGGCAUCUCCAUCAUGAUCAAGAAGCCUCAGAAAUCUAAACCGGGCGUAUUCUCUUUCCUGGAUCCUUUGGCUUAUGAAAUUUGGAUGUGUAUAGUGUUUGCUUACAUUGGCGUCAGCGUAGUUCUUUUCCUAGUCAGCAGAUUCAGCCCUUAUGAAUGGCACUUGGAAGACAGCAAUGAAGAACCACGUGACCCUCAGAAUCCUCCUGACCCUCCAAAUGAGUUUGGAAUAUUUAACAGCCUUUGGUUUUCCCUGGGUGCCUUUAUGCAGCAAGGAUGCGAUAUUUCUCCAAGAUCUCUCUCAGGGCGAAUUGUUGGAGGAGUCUGGUGGUUCUUCACUCUCAUCAUUAUCUCUUCCUACACUGCUAAUCUUGCUGCCUUCCUCACGGUGGAAAGGAUGGUUUCUCCCAUAGAGAGCGCGGAGGACCUGGCCAAGCAAACUGAAAUAGCUUAUGGCACUUUGGAUUCAGGAUCAACCAAAGAGUUCUUUAGAAGGUCAAAAAUAGCUGUCUAUGAGAAAAUGUGGUCAUACAUGAAGUCAGCCGAGCCCUCGGUGUUCACCAAAACGACGGCGGAUGGGGUGGCGAGGGUGCGGAAGUCGAAGGGGAAGUUUGCCUUCCUGCUGGAGUCGACAAUGAAUGAGUACAUCGAGCAGCGCAAGCCCUGCGACACCAUGAAAGUUGGCGGCAACCUGGAUUCCAAGGGCUAUGGUGUAGCAACCCCCAAAGGCUCAGCAUUAAGAAAUGCUGUUAACCUGGCAGUAUUAAAACUGAAUGAGCAAGGCCUCUUGGACAAAUUGAAAAACAAAUGGUGGUACGACAAAGGAGAGUGCGGCAGCGGGGGAGGUGACUCCAAGAACUCCUGUAAACCUUGCAGUAUUGAAACUCAGUGAACAAGGCAUCUUAGACAAGCUGAAAAACAAAUGGUGGUACGAUAAGGGUGAAUGUGGAGCCAAGGACUCCGGAAGUAAGGUCAGUCGCUGAAGGUCUUUUUGUACUGAUUAGCAAUCACAUUUUGACCCACUGUCUGUUUAUACAAAGAAUGACUUUCAAAAGUUGGUAUUUACAUUUUGAAGGUUGAAAGAAAAGAAUAGAAAAAAAUAAUUAAGUCUCUGAAUAUGACAGCAGUUUUCUUUUAUGCAGUAACAGACUGUAGUUGUAAGUAUGUUUUACUGUUUGAGUAUUUUGCUAGAAAAACAUGGACAGAGAAACCCCCAAAACCUCCCAAGCUGGUAUCUUCAUUUAAAUGUGCAAGUUGGAGCACAGUCAAUGUGUAUUAUUCAGGCCAACAUCUUUUCUUAUUUUUAGUUUUAUUGAAAGCCCGCAUUUUUAUUUCACAGUUGUGACUCUCUACAUGUCAGUUGUGGAAACAGGAAUAUGCUUGCUAAGGGUGGAUAAUUUCAAAACAGAGCCAUGGUACAGAAGAACACUCUUCCUGCCCCAUUUCUCAAUUUGGUUUGAAAUUGGUUGGAUUUAAAAACAAAACAAAAAGAAAAAAAAAAAAAAGCCAGCAAGAAAUACAAUUAAAUAAAAUUGGUAACUCAUCACAUAAAUAUUGUACGUUCCUUUUUAUUCUGCUUUGAACCCUUUUGCUGCUGUAGUGCCCUGUUCCACCCCAGCCACGCUGCCAGGCCAGCCAGCCUCCAGCAGUUCCUCAGGCAGGACCACUGAAAACCUCAGUGGCAAUCCCACUCCUGAGGUGGAUCAAUGGGGUACCCGCACACUUAAUUUGUAGGAAAUAUUUAUUUUCACCAUCCAGUUAAAAGAAAACACAGGAUUUUUUUCCUAAUGCUUAUAGAGACCUUGAGGAGAAAAUCACUGUAGAAGUUGUAGAAGCUUGUUGGAGUAAAGGACAUUUUCAAAGGCACCAAGAGGAGGAGAAACCCAGCUCCAGCUGAAAUCAGUCACAGUUUAGUGCCUGGCUCCCCUGUCAGAGGACAAUUUCAAGUUCUAUGGAAGCCAAUAAUAAAAAUCCAUUUAUUUCAGCUGGACUGGAAGUUGCUUAGGGCACAACCCUGUAGGCAUUGUAUGAGAUAAACCUGGGAUCGUGGGGCUUCUGAAUGCACAGCAGCUGCAGAAGGAAACUGUAAUUGAAAAGAGGUGUAAAUGUGUAAUCUCUUUAGUUUAAAUGGCAGGCUGUUUGCUGCAACUGCAGCUAUCCGAACUGCCUGCAAAACGCACAGAUACAAGAUAGAUCAUGUUUUAUUCUGACUGUGUGUAAGUUUUGUUGUCCCUGGAGAUACUUGUAAACCAAGCUCCAUCAGCAGGUGUCUUCGCUGGGCGCAGCUCCUGCGGCUGGCAUGGUGUGCACCCCAGGCGGGGACCGCACCUGCCACCAGCGAUUCCUGCACGCAGACAGCCCGCACAGCAGCAAAAGGGUUGCAGCUCUAUUUAUUCUGAUUAGAGUCCUGUUUUUAACAAAUACAAACCUUCUUCCCCAUCUGACAUGUAUUGAAGGAAGGUAAACGCUGGCCAUCAUCUUUCGGUUUUAUUGGACGAUUGAGUUUAUUCAGUAAAUCGCUCUCCCUCAGUCACUGAAGGUGAUAGUUCAGCUCAGGGCUCUGCUGCUUGACCUUAGAGUAACUGACCAUCUUCCUAGGGUGUUUUUUUUUUUGUCCUAAAUGUGGAAAAAAGGUAGAUAAGUUUAGCAGCAUCUCAGUAAUUCUCUUUAUGUUCACCGAAAGAAAGUGUGUAGUGGUUUGGGUUUUUCUUUUUCUAGUUUUGGGAUGGCCUCCCGUAAAACCUGCUGUUUCACGCAGCCGCUGCUUUCCCCGUCAGAGCUUUCCCCAGCUGCCCUUGCCACUAGAGAUGCUCGGCCAUGGACGGGUCCACUGAAGGCCUGGAGAAGUCGGUGGCGAAAAUCGCCUUUGAGUCAGGCAGGGUUUCGCCCGCCGAAGGGUGGGAGACAGAGCCGUGACGGCUGGGCAGCCCCAGGCUGCCAGGGACAGGGGGGACAGCACCGAGCCACCAGUGGGGCACUAAACACCGUCAGUGUAGCUAUGCCAGCUGGGCCUCAGUGCAAAGUAGCCUGUUGUCUGUCUGUCUGUCUGCUCCUCGCAGCAAAACUAACGGCGUGGCUCAUUUCUCUUAGGACAAGACGAGCGCUCUGAGCCUGAGCAAUGUUGCUGGGGUUUUCUAUAUCCUUGUCGGGGGCCUCGGGCUGGCCAUGAUGGUGGCACUGAUCGAGUUCUGCUACAAGUCGCGAGCCGAGUCCAAGCGAAUGAAACUCACCAA